AUGAAUGGGGCCCUGAUCCCCCAUACGCCCAUCGCUGUGGACUUCUGGAGCCUGCGCCGGGCUGGUCCCGCGCGGCUCUUCUUUUUGUCCCACAUGCACUCGGACCACACCGUGGGUUUGUCUAGCACCUGGGCCCGGCCCCUCUACUGCUCCCCAAUCACCGCUUACCUCGUGCAUCGUCACCUACAGGUACCUAAGGAGUGGAUCCGGGCCUUGGAGGUUGGUGAGAGCCAUGUCCUGCCUCUAGAUGAAAUUGGGCGAGAGACCAUGACUGUAACCCUCAUGGAUGCCAAUCACUGCCCUGGCUCUGUCAUGUUUCUCUUUGAAGGAUACUUUGGAACCAUUCUCUAUACAGGUGACUUUCGGUAUACACCAUCCAUGUUAAAGGAGCCAGCCCUGAAACUGGGGAAACAGAUCCAUACCUUAUACCUAGACAACACCAAUUGCAACCCAGCCUGGGUUCUUCCUUCCCGACAAGAAGCUGCCCGCCAGAUUGUUGAGCUCAUUCGAAAGCACCCACAACAUAACAUAAAGAUUGGACUCUAUAGCCUGGGAAAAGAGUCACUGCUGGAGCAGCUGGCCCUGGAGUUUCAGACCUGGGUGGUAUUGAGCCCUCGGCGCCUGGAGUUGGUGCAGCUGCUGGGCCUGGCGGAUGUGUUCACCGUGGAAGAGAAGGCCGGCCGCAUCCAUGCGGUGGACCAUAUGGAGAUCUGCCAUUCUUCCAUGCUACACUGGAACCAGACCCAUCCUACCAUCGCUAUCCUUCCCACAAGCCGGAAGAUCCACCGCUCCCACCCCGACAUCCACGUCAUCCCUUACUCUGAUCAUUCUUCCUACUCGGAGCUCCGGACCUUUGUCGCAGCACUGAAGCCUUGCCAAGUGGUGCCCAUUGUCAGUCGGCAGCCCUGUAGGGACUACUUUCAGGACAGCCUGAGCCCCAGGCUCUCUGUGCCCCUGAUCCCGGACUCUGUGCAGCAAUAUAUGAAUUCCUCCUCAAGGAAACCAAGCUUUCUCUGGCUGUUAGAAAGGAGGCUAAAGAGGCCAAGAACCCAGGGUGUCAUGUUUGACUCCUCUCAGGACACUGCUGAUCAAUCUCCAGCUGCCAGGGACUCAAAGAAGGCCAAGAAUGAGAACCUUUCUGGGGACCUUGAGAAGCAGGCUUCCCACCAUCCUUUGCAGAUCAAGAAACAGUUGUCCCCAGACCUCUGCUACAAAGAAUGGGAUGGGGCAGUCCCUAUCUCUGACUCCCAGAAGAUGGUGACUGUACGGGCUGCCCCCUUGAGUUUUUCAGUGCACUUACAGUCUAUAGAUGAGGAAUUUCUUUCUCUAGAAACUGGGGAGGAAGUUGGUGUAGGGCCCCACUUGGGACCCAGGGGAGACCGCAAUGGCUCAGCAGCCACAGGGAACCAGAGCGCCUGGCUGGCCCAGGAGUCUCUCCUGUCUCGCAGCAGCAAGGCUGCCCCUCUCCUGGCUCCUGAGUUCAGGGGCCUGGCAUUAAAAUACCUUUUGACUCCAGUGAACUUUUUCCAGGCACAGUUCUCUUCUAGGGGCUUUGACCAGCAAGUGGAAAAAUACCAUAAGCCAUUGCUGAAGUCCAGAGAGGAGAAUGCAGAAUGA